CGAUCUUCUGUAAUGUAUAACCUCCAAAUUUCUGGUACUUGUAAACAUUUAUUUUUGCCAUUUAAAAGAUUAUUUAAAACAAGUAUAAUGGCUAAAAGUAAAUUUGAAUAUGUAAGAAAAUUCGAAUUUGAAGAUAGGCUAUUACCAAAUUGCUGGAUUGUGGUCAGAAUUGAUGGUAGAAAUUUUCACAAAUUCUCUGAUAAACACAAGUUUGAAAAACCUAACGAUUUGAGAGCUUUAAAUUUAAUGAACAGGGCUGCGGUAACUGUAAUGGAAGAGUUUAAAGACAUUUCAUUAGCUUACGGUGAAAGUGAUGAAUAUUCCUUUGUGCUUAGAAAAGAUACGGAACUUUAUAAUCGUAGAGGAACUAAGAUAAUGACAUACUUGAAUAGCUUAUUUACAUCUUCGUUUGUAUUCUUUUGGAAAGAAUAUUUUAAUGAACAAAAGCUCCUGUAUCCACCUGCAUUUGAUUCUCGUGUAGUUUUGUACCCCACAGACGAAAAUUUACGUGAUUAUCUAAGUUGGAGACAGGCUGAUACUCACAUAAAUAAUUUAUAUAAUACCACUUUUUGGACUUUAAUUAAUAAAGGAGGAUUAUCAAAUACUGAGGCACAAGAAAGACUUAGUGGGACUUUGUCAUCAGAUAAAAAUGAAAUAUUGUUUAGUGAAUUUGGUAUUAAUUAUAAUAACGAGCCAGUAAUGUUCAAAAAGGGCACAAUUCUCAUAAGAAAAAGAAUAAAAAUACCAGACCAAAAUAAGUCACGUUUAGUAAUAGUUCCACUUUAUGAAGAUUUAAUGCAAGAUAAGUUUUGGAAUGAACACUCGGAAUUAUUAGAAAUUAAAAGUCCACCUUGUUUAAUUAUUAUUAUUGCGAAGUUGGUUGUAUGA